UGUACAGCAUGGGGCAAAGUUCUCACAGAGUUUGGUAAUAUUUAACGGGACAGUUUUGGGUGACUGACUGUGCUCCUGGCAUGAGGAAGAAGCAGCAUCGCUGAUACGUAUCCAAUGUGUCUGACACUUCACAUUCAUCCACAGGGACUCCAGACUGAGGAAGUUUCAGCUUUGGACAAUGGACUGACUGACCGAUGAAGCAUGGACCUCAUUCCUCUGUUAGUGCUCCUACUUUCAUACUGCGCUGAAGUUGGAGCUCGGGUGAAGCUGUCACCUUUAACCUUGACGGUCCUGCAAGGGAAUGCGGCCCGUUUCACCUGCACUCCCUCUACAGACAAGUGGACCGUUAUGAUAUGGUUGCUGAAUGAUGCAGCAGUGCUCACCAUCUCUAGUGAAACUGGGGUCCUGCCUUCCAUCAACCCUAAUGUGACAGCUGAAAAAGGUCUUAAAGGCGAUAGCUGGGAUUUGGUCCUGAAAGACACCAAGAGGGACAACCAGGGAGAAGUGACCUGUGACCUCCAGGAGAUUGACCGUACAACAGCGAGCCUGUUUGUGCAAGAAAAGGGCAACGUGGAAGUUGCUGGAGAUGAUAAGUUGGCUUUUAAGGGGUACUCGGUCCUGUUUGAAUGUAAAGCAGCGGGAUGGUACCCUAAACCCAGUCUUCAAUGGCAGGUGGAUGGCAGAGAGGUGAGCCAGAGCGAAUACAGCGCCAUCAGUGAAGAGUCGGGGAAGAGCCUCUUCACCGUGACCAGCAAGAUCAACGUGACGGCUGCAAAGAGUUCUGAUGUGGAAUGCCUGGCCUCUGUGUCUGCCCUCUCCGAGCCACUUAAGAGCCGUGUUCGUCUGACAGUGGUUGCAGAGGUGCUGCAGGAAGACGAUGACUGCACAAUUCCGCUGGUGAUAACCGCCUCCCUCGCUGCUCUACUGCUGCUCCUGCUGCUCUGCAUCUGCGCCGUCCUCUAUUACAGACAAAGACGACAAGCAAAAUCAAACACACAGGAGGCAGUGAGGUUCGACCAAUCAGUGUUUGGGAGAAGCUCGGUUGCUGAGGCGACAGGGGGGAAGAUCAACCUGGGAUACUCUAGUGGGGGCCCCACAGAUGCAGAGGACAGUCGUAGCCAGAUGGACUUUGUCACCUUUUACAAGGUCCCUGAUGUUGUGUCCUCCAGCAGCCAGUCUCUACACAAUGAGAGCCAGAAGGAGGAGAGCAGCCAGAAUGUCAGGAGAAUUACCACAGUUUGAGUUUGUAUAUUGUAUGAUUUCAUGUAUACAAUGUUUCCCAUUUUUCUUAAAGCUGAAAGGUUUUGUAAUCAAGUGCUGGAAACAUCUACCAUAUUUAUUCAGCAACACAAAUAUUAUGAUGUAUACCUUUAAUGGAUAAAAUGUAAUUAAUCCUUAAGGUAAUUGGCAACUGUUUCAAAACACAAUUUUUUUUUGUUUUGUUUUUUAAUAAAUGGUAUUUUUGUGUACGUUCA